CGGCUUGAAGGGGACAUAACGCGGCUUGAAGGGGACAAGAAGCGGCUUGAAGGGGACAAGAAGCGGCUUGAAGGGGACAAGAAGCGGCUUGAGGGGGACAAGAAGCGGCUUGAAGGGGACAAGAAGCGGCUUGAAGGGGACAAGAAGCGGCUUGAAGGGAACAAGAAGCGGCUU